AGUCUCUUGGGAGCAAUAGCGAGGGGUGCUGAGAGGGGCCCCACAGGUAACUCUCAGGCCUAAGCCCCAGAAAGGAGGAAGGUUCAUUGCAGAUGGCCCCAGCUCCGCCUCUUCCCCUGCCUGUUCAGCUUCCUCUCUAGAGAACACUUUCACUUCCUGUUGCUCCGGGCCUCCCCUUGGGAACAGGUAGGGCCCCCAGGGACCCAGCAACUGGCAUCUUCACCCCCAGCUGUCACCCUUUGGUAUGGGGCAGCCACUCCUCUCAGCUCUGCCCAGUGCCACCCAUGUCCUCCUCCCCUUCCCAAGGGCCAUGGGUGGACAUCUGCUCCUCUCCACCCUCCUUCCUGCUGUCCCCUGCCCUCUUCCUUUCAACACCCUGGGUGAUGAGGCAGUGGACUGACGUAUUUAUUUGGCUAUGUCUUACCUGUAUUGCAACUCCUCAAGAAAAGAAAAAAAAAACAGGAAUGGCAACCCAUAGAGCAAAGGUCUGUCCUGUUCUUCACCUGCCCCAGGGUACUGGCACCUACUUCUGGGCCUGUGCUCAACUGGAUGCAUGGAUGGAUUCAGUCUCCCUUUCCAGACCCAGGUCUCCUAUUGCUGAGACUGCUGUGGGGAAAAUACUUGAGUGCUUACCCUAGUGAUGAUCCCUCACAGGACUCUGUACCUGGCUAAGAACUGGGGCCUGAUGGGGAGAGGAAUAGGUAGUGAAAAAGCAAAUAGGAGUCAAAUGUUCAUGGCAGAAUCCAGCCAGUGGCAUACAGAUGUUCCCUAGGAAAUUCAGUUUUUCUGUAUAUUUGUACAUUUUUUUUUAGUUUGGUACCAGGGAUCGAACUCAGGACCUUGUACUUUCGAGGCAGGCGACAGCACCACUGAGCUAAAUCCCUGGCCCUGUUUGUAAAUUUUUAUAAGACAAAGCUGAAAGAAAAUAUCCUGGGUGGUCCCCUGCUAUGGUCUGGGAAGGGAGAAGGAGGGCAUGUUGUGCUAUGGGCCAAUAGCUUUUCCAGGCUCUGGAUUUUAGCAAGGGUCAUUAUUGAGCUGGUCCACAUUUGUAUGGAUGCCCCAGCUGUGAAAAUCUUGGGACUGUUCUCUACCCCUUGGCAAACAGUUGUGAGUCCUUUCCCCAACCUAAGACACACAGGCCUUUCUCUUGGGGUCCCCAGAUUCCCCCAACACCAGCUUCUAAAGAAAUAAGCCCUAGCACAGCUGGGUUCCACCAGGGCCCAUUCUGUAGCUCAGGGUUUCCCCAUAGUGGUUGUAAAUAUUUUGCAUUUUAUCCCGGGAGUAGGGAAGCCUUGAAUCUUGUCUUCCCCUCUCCCAGAGGCCAGACCAUGGCUCCCUGGCUUCUGGCACCUUGAAGAUGGCCCACCCAGAGGACAUGGCCUCUGAAGUCCCCAGCGAGGGGCAGAGGCUGGUCCUACUGCAGACUAAUGGAGCAGGUGAGACCCCUCCAGAGGUCCUCAGCAACCCAGAGGCACUUCUUCGUCUUCGGAGGACACGGGGGGUGUGGCAGGUCCCAGAGCUGGAUGCCCAGGAUGCAGAGGCCCUUAUGGUGCAGUGGCCACUGGGGAGUUUCCUGGUCACAGGCCCUGACUCCAGCCAGGCCCUGGUACUGAGGACUUCACUGGAAGAAAUCAACACUUAUCAGAUCCAGAAGUUGCCUGGAGGUGUGUCCUUGGCAUCCUCCAACCUCUGCAUGCCAGACCUGCCCCAUCUUCUGGCCUUCCUCUCAGCCAGCAGGGAUGUUCUCCCCAGAACACUGGUCUUGCCCUCUCCCACUCCAGUGCCUGGAGACAGACACACGGAUCCUCUGCAGGUUGGCAGGGUUCAGGCUGACACCUCGGGAAGGGUGCUUUCUGUAGUAAACCAGCUUUACCUGUACACCCACGGAGGCUGGGGGCAGAACCAGAUACCGGAAGAGACUGCUCAGGGCCACGGUCCAGCCCACAGGAUCCCUGCCCUGCACCGCAUAUCCUGGGUGGAAGGACCGCCUAGCCCAGAAGUGCACCAUCCUCAGCCUGCUCUGGGCAGUCUGGUAGAGAAGGAACAACAGGAAGACGACAACUACAGAGAUGAAGAGGAAGACGCCGAGGAUGAGCUCACUGCUCACGUCCUCGCUCUGGCCAGGGCUCGGAACAGCUACGUGGCCAGGCAGUACCGGGCCCUCCAGGCACGCCUCACCUCGGAUUCCGGGGGUCCCCACAGGCCUGGGGACCCGGCCACGGAGCUGCUGCAGGAUGUGCGGCACCUCCUUAUUGACCUCCAGGAUUACUUGGCAAAGGACCCCGACAUGAGAGGUGUCUUUGGGAGCAGGGGGCCUCGGGUCCCCCAGAAGGGCCAGUAUCUUGGCCCUGCAGUAGAGGCGGCCGUGUGCCGGGCGGUGCUCUCGCCCCUCAAGCCUGCCCUGUGGACGCGACUGCGCACGCUCCGCGCCCAGGAACUGCGCCGACUGCGGCGGCGACAAAUAGCCCUGCGGGCGGGGGCGGGGCCAGAGGGACAGUGCCCCGCCCCCGCCCUGCGGAGCCGCAUCCACGCGCGCCUCGCGCACCUACACGCCGCGUGCUCCCCGCGCCGCAAGGUGGCGCUGCUGCUGGCGGUGUGCAGUGACGUCUACGCGGGCCUGGCGGGCGAGAACCAGGAGCCCCUAGGGGCAGACGCCUUCCUGCCCGCCCUGACCGAGGAGCUGAUCUGGAGUCCGCACAUCGGGGAGACUCAGCUGGACGUGGAAUUUCUUAUGGAGCUCUUGGAUCCGGAGGAGCUUCGGGGAGAGGCUGGGUACUACCUGACCACGUGGUUCGGAGCGCUGCAUCACAUUGCCCACUACCAGCCCGACGAGGGCCGCGCCCCCCGGGGUCUUAGCUCGAAGGCCAGCGCCUCCCUGCGCCAGUGGCACCGCCGACGGACGCUGCACGAGCAGAACCUGUCUGGAGAUCAGGCCGACCUGCCUUUUGAGGAGCCGUGGGCAGUAGGGACGGUGACUGUACCCCAUUGAUGAUUAGGGCUCUCAGUCCCUCUGCUUGCUUGCUUCAAGCAAGAGGCAGGAGGCAGCUGGGACAACUACACGUGGUUUAGGGGCAGCAAGGAGGAGGGGGCUCAGGAAAAGGGGCCUUUCCCUUGGGUGUUCUGCUGCCUGGCAUGCCCUUCCCUGAUAUCCACAGUGGUCCUCGCUGGGACCCUGCAGGUCCUGAGGCGGAUAUGACCUCAGUGAAGCUCUCCCAGACUCAGUGGCCUAAAAUCCAGCCCCUCCCCACGUGGCCCAUCCUGUGAUAGGCAGAAUAACGCUCCCCCGAAGAUGUCCAUAUCCUCAUCCCCUUAAUCUGUGGUAAAGGGGGCUUUAUGGGGUGAUCACAUUAAGGACCAAGAUGAGGUUACCCUGGAUUCUGGUGGCCCUGUGCAGUCACGAGGGUCCUUGUAAGAGGCAGGAGGGAGGGCCGGGGAUUUAGCUCAAUGGUUCCGCCGCUUGCCUCGAAAACACAAGGACCCUAGUUCGAUCCCUGGUACCAAAAAAACAAAACAAAAAAAAAAAGAGGCAGGAGGGAAAGAGGAUCCAUACGACCAAGAACCAAGAAAAAUGCAAAAGCUGAAAAAGGCAAGAAAUGGAGUCCCCUUCAGAACCUGCAGGAGGAGCUGUCCAGCUCUUGAUUUUAGACACCUAACACCGGUUUUGGACUUAUGAUCCCCAAAGCUGUAAGAUAAUAAAACUGUGGUUUUAUAAAGCA